AUGUGUGAUCCCAGCAGUGAAGAGGCUCGGGAGCAACUUGUGGUUGAGAGCCUGUUGAAACUGUCGGGCAAGCACAGCGUGACACACCACGAACACCUUCAGCCAGUAGUGAUGCAGAACGUCGAGUUCCCGACUUUUCCAGUUCGGGGCCCCACGGACCGCCUCUGCUACGUCAUCCAGCGCUAUGAUGACGUACCAUGGAGUACAGGUACAAGUGCAUCAAGAAGAAAAGCUAUGGAUGCCGUUAUGCCUCCGGUUUCAUCGAUGACCUUUACGCUCAACAACGGCAAUAAGUUGCCUGCAGUUGGAUUGGGCACAUAUAGGGUGCGCCAACCCGAUGUUAUAAUGCAGACUGUGGAUGAAGCUCUGGCAGCUGGUUAUCGUUUAUUUGAUACUGCAGCAGUAUAUGGCAACGAGGGGGCUCUGGGUGAUGCUUUUAGAAAAUUGCUCCCUAAGUAUAAUUUGGAAAGAGAAGAUAUAUUUAUUACCACGAAAUUAUCUCCAUCAGAACAUGGUAACUCAGCUGUGAUAAAGCAAGCUUACCAGAAGUCUUUACACAAUCUCGGUGUGGAUUAUAUUGACCUGUUUUUGAUCCACUUCCCCGGUGCUGCAAGGCUUCCUUCUGGCGACCUGAGAAAUGCUAAGUUGCGAGCGAGUACUUGGCGAGGAAUGGUGGAUCUAUAUGACGAAGGCUGCGUAAAUUCCAUUGGUGUUUCUAAUUUUACUCUCAAGCAUCUCAAGGAGUUGAAUAUGAGGGCCACUGGUGUAUAUCCAGUGGUUAAUCAGGUCGAGUGGCAUCCGUAUUACUAUCAGGAAGAUUUACGCGCCUACUGCAUGAAGAAUGAGAUUUGCCUGCAGGCCUACUGCUCAUUCGGGGGUACUUCCCAUCAAGAUACGACACUCUUAAAGGACCCCGUAGUGAAGGGCAUCGCUGAGCGCCACGAGGCUACGCCCGCGCAGGUGCUUCUGGCUUGGGCGCUGCAGCAGGACGUGGCAGUCAUCCCCAAGUCCGUGGACCCAGCCCGUAUCCGUGAGAAUAUCACUAUUGAAUUUCGCCUCACAGAACACGAGAUUAAAGCCCUCAAUAAUCUAGGAAACAAGAAAAAAAAAUACGCUUGGGAUCCGACCUCGGUGCGUUAA